CGAGCAACUUAGUUCGCCGGUGACAGUUGGGUAGAAUUCUUCAGUUCGGUGUCGAGUUCCGAUAGUGGGCGGCCAGAGCGGGGGUGUUUCGCAGUCUAGUGAUAUUCGCGGGUCUUCGCGAGAAGAAAAAAAAAACACUUGCAGCAGGUGGAACAAGAAAGCAAAAGUGUGAUAAAACGUGGUUAUUCAAUUGCGUAAUUGCGAGCGUCCUUGGACUGAAAGUGAAUCCGCAAUCGAACGAGAAGUGAAACCCAAGAACUAGAACAUCCAGCAGCGGUGUGCAACGAUGAAAUUCGCGAUACUACUGGUGGCGGCACUAGCUGUCGUUGCUCGGGCCGAGCAAUUCUCGGGAUAUUUUUACCCGAAACCGAGCUGUGCCUUCAACCCUGCUCAAACGGUUUACGUAACGCAAACCGUUACCGACUACAACACCUACACGGAGACUGUCCAGGGACAGUACCAGCGCGAUGAGCAGACCAUCACCGAGUACUCCUCGAUUUACAUCACGUCCGCGUACACCCAAACCGUUCCGGUGUACCAAACUUUGACCCAAACCAACACGUUCACUGUGACGGCUCCGGCUCAACCACCACGUGUCGAGUACCGUACGAUCACCCAGCCACCAAUCGUUUCCACGUACACCACCACGCUCAUCCAAGCUACUCCGGUCAUCCAAACCGUCCGCGAUGUCAGCACCGUUACGCUUCCGCCACAAGUCCUGCCAGCGCAAACCAUCUACAACACAGUGACACUUCCGGCAGUCACCCGAACUUCAACCUAUCUUCAAACUACCACCGUCCCGGUCGUACAAACCGUCCGAGAUGUCGUUACCAUCACGGCACCACCAGUAACUCUUCCGCCACAGGUCGUCUACUCGACAGUCCAGCUCCCAGCCCAGUACAUCACAACGACCUCCUACAUCACCACCACCACACCAGUUGUCCAGACCAUCCGUGACACGAUCACCAUCCCACCGGUAACGCUGCCCGCUCAAACCCAAUACCAGACCAUCACCCAGCCUCCGGUGACCGUGGUUUCGACCGUCAUCAACGCAACUCCAACGCCAGUCUACCGAACCAUCACCAACACCCAAACCGUCACCCUGCCAGCUCCUCCAGCCCAGUACCAGACCAUUUACUCGACCGUAACCCUUCCACCCCAAAUUCAAACGGUCAACAACGUUGCCACCACGACCCUGCGUGAUGUUCAGUACAUUACCAGGACGAUCACCAACACGCAGCCCGGAAUCCAGCUGGACGCCCAGACCAUCUAUUCUACCAUAACGCUGCCGGCGGUCACGAAAACGUUCUGUGGUCCGGAGAACACCUACCUGCCCGCUGCCGAAGGACGAGGAUUCAACGGAUUCGGGGGAUUCAGUGGCUUCGGGGGACAGCAGAGGUUCAACAGAUUGUACUAAAUAAAUCAAAUUUGUUUCGUGAAGCCCUCAGGCCUUGCCAGGUUAUACCAGGAAUCUGCACUAACGCUUGUUUGUAGAUAGACACGUUUCGAAAAAAAAAACAAACUGCCAGUACCACUCAUGUUUUGUAAAUAUUAAAUGUAGGAAGCUUUACAUACGCGUAGUAAAGCUUGCCUUUUUGUAAGAAUCAUGAACGAAUAAUAUACUAGAUCGAACAAAA